CGUGAGAGCUUAUUUACUUGGCCGAACUGUAACUUGAACUGUUCCUGCGGUGUCGAUGUUUCGCUGAAAUUCUCCCACGCCGCAAUGGGCGACGGACCCCUCUACCUGGGGUUCGACCUGUCGACCCAGCAGCUCAAAGCGAUUGUUGUGCAGUCCGACCUUCAAGUUGUCUCCGACGCCAAAGUCGACUUCGACCAGGACUUCGGCGCCAAGUACGGCAUCAAGAAGGGCGUGCUCCUCAACGAUGAGGAAGGGGAGGUCUUUGCUCCCGUGGCCAUGUGGCUCGAAUCCCUAGACCUGGUGCUGCAACGGUUGCGGGAGAAGAAAACACCCCUGAGCCGGAUCCGAGGCAUCAGCGGUUCAUGCCAGCAGCACGGGAGCGUCUACUGGAGCCGGCAGGCAGAGACUCUGCUCGGUGGUCUGCAGGCGGAUAAAGCACUUGUUGACCAGCUGACAGGCGCCUUUUCGCAUCCGUAUGCGCCCAACUGGCAGGACCAUAGCACCCAGGCCGAGUGUGAUCGAUUCGAUGCCCACCUGGGGUCGGCGGAGCGGUUGGCCGAGGUCACGGGGAGUGCUGCGCAUCAUAGAUUCACUGGCACGCAAAUAAUGCGCCUCAAGCGCAAGCUUCCCGACAUGUACGCCGCUACGUCGCGGAUAUCGCUCGUCUCCUCCUUUCUCGCCUCCUUAUUCCUCGGGGCCGUCGCACCAAUGGACAUCAGCGAUGCCUGCGGCAUGAAUCUCUGGGAUAUCCAGGGCAGCAGCUGGUCCGAGCCCCUGCUCGAGCUAGCAGCCGGCAAAGACGGUGUCGCCGAGCUGCGCAGGAAGCUAGGCGACGUCCGGCAGGACGGCGGCGGGAGCAUGGGCCGCAUCAGCAGCUACUUCACGACCAAGUACGGCUUCAGCCCAGACUGCGAGGUCGCCCCCUUCACGGGUGACAACCCGGCCACGAUCCUCGCGCUGCCCCUCCGCCCGCUCGACGCCAUCGUCAGCCUGGGCACCAGCACUACCUUCCUCAUGAGCACGCCCGUCUACAAGCCCGACCCGAGCUAUCACUUCUUCAACCACCCGACCACCCCGGGCCAGUACAUGUUCAUGCUGUGCUACAAGAACGGCGGUCUCGCUCGCGAGAAGGUGCGCGACGCGCUGCCCAAGCCACCCGCAGAUUCCUCCUCCUCCUCCGAUCCUUGGGCCACCUUCAACAAGCACGCCCUCGCCACGCCGCCCCUCGACGUCCGCUCGGACGCCGACCGCGCCAAGUUGGGCUUGUACUUCUACCUGCCCGAGAUCGUGCCCAACAUCCGCGCCGGCACCUGGCGCUACACGUGCAACGCGGCCGACGGCAGCGCGCUGCAGGAAGCCGACCGGGCGUGGCCGGCCGAGACGGAUCCCCGCAUCAUUGUCGAGUCGCAGGCGCUGUCGAUGCGCCUGCGCAGCCAGAAGCUCGUGACCAGCCCCGCCGGCGGGCUGCCCGCCCAGCCACGGCGCAUCUACCUCGUCGGCGGCGGGUCGCUGAACCCGGCGAUUGCGCGCAUCAUGGGCGAUGUGCUGGGCGGCGCCGACGGCGUGUACAAGCUGGAUGUGGGCGGCAAUGCAUGCGCGCUCGGCGGGGCCUACAAGGCUGUCUGGGCGUUUGAGCGGGCCGAAGGCGAGACGUUUGAUGAGCUGAUCGGAAAGCGGUGGAAGGAGGAGGGCGCGAUCCAGAAGGUGGACGAUGGGUAUCGCGACGGGGUCUUCCAGAAGUAUGGGAACAUGCUGGGGGCGUUUGAGGAGAUGGAGGAGAGGAUUUUGAAGGUCGCGCGGAACCAGUAGAAUAUCCUUGAUCGACUAGCUGUUGGGGAAAGUGCCAGACGUCCUGGAUAAUUGCAUACGUGUGAGGCUGGGGUUAUCUAUACACUAUCUUGUGUGGUAGGCAGCUACCGAUGUCUGAUAACCACU